AUGGAGUUUUGGUCGCGACUCUUAGCACAUACGCCGCUCUCCUCGGCAAACUCCCGCCGGGAUUUUGCGAAGGAUCCCGCUCGUCGUUUGCAUCGGUUCGAGAAGGAAUACAGCCAGCUACUGCACACAUGGCGCAACUCGUCCAACCUAGCUCACGAUGUGGAAGCUGCAGAACGCAUCGAGAUCCUUCUACAGGAACUGACAAGCUUGUUGAGCGACGAGUCUCGCCGCCCGCUUCCGCACCCUUGCAUAGCCUUCUCGGCGGCCAAGCAGGUCUACAUCCCCGUCGCCAAGAUUGCAGCGAGCUCCUUGAAUGAGUGGAUUAUCAAGGAGGCCGUGCUCUUCUUCGCAACCCUGAUCGAGAGCGAGGAGGAAGCAUUUGUUGAAAAUGAGAACUUUUCUGCCAGCCUUACAAACCUAUUGGUGCGCAUAACCGGCCCCAAUAGCAUCCGUCUGGGGAACGACACCGAGGCCCGCGUCGUCGAGUUGGCCUUCAAUGUCACCACCAAAAUCCGCCUCAACCCGGAAAUCCUGACGGCAUGGUUCAAAUCCCAGCAGAAUGGCCCCUCGAAUGCAAAACAAUUGGGCUACCAUGAGAAGUUUGCUGGCAGGACGCAGAAGCAGGACUUCCCCCUGUUCUACCUCCUUAUGGACUAUAUCCACCAUGAGGGCAAGAUUGGGGAUUUUGCGAGGACUGGUCUACUCUACAUCAUCGAAGCCGCCUCAAGUUCUGUCCUUCUCGAGCAGUGGAUUGUCGAAAGCGACCUUUCGACGCUAAUGGCGACUGGUUUGGGUGCUCUGUAUAGUCAACUGAGCCGCAAGCUAGUUAUUGAUCACCCUCCCAACGAACUCCCACCUGUCCUGGCCUUUUCCGACUACCAACACCCCAAGUCCAACUACGAAAUUGUCAGCUCCUGUUCGUUCGAGUUCCAGUCGCACCUGGACACGUUCCUGUCCCACCUCCUGUUUUGGCAAGAUGUCCUGAACCACUGCAAGUCGGUCGAGGUCAAGUCGACUUUGUUGGAACAUUUCCAGGUUAUUUUCCUGCAACAAUUAUUAUACCCAUCUCUCCUCGAGUCGUCCGAUAUCGAUGGAGGCUCAUCCGUUGCUGUAUUAACAUAUCUCCGGCGGAUAUUGGAAUCGGUAGAUCAUCCUGAUAUGGUUAACCUAAUUCUACACUACUUGCUCGCCUUGCCCGACAUCGUGGGUUCUGUCAAUCCCGGUUCUGGGGACGUCGUGAGCGCCGCCCGGAAGCGAAAGUCGCUAGACCUAGCAACAAUGAUGGCCUCCAAGGGCGAGGCUGCCGCAGAUCCGCUGCUCUUCAACCUGGUUGAUCUAAUUUUAGCAUGCCUCAGGUCUCAGAAUAACCAGACUGUUUACGUUACUCUCCAGCUAAUAUCGGUGAUUCUCAAGAGGCAUCAUCGAUACGCGGUCAUCACUCUGCUCUAUACAGAAGGUGUGCUUGCCGAGUCCCACCAUCGAACUUCAGGUGCCCAUCAACAGGAGGUUGAGUAUCUCAUGUCUCUGGCCGGAACUAUUGGCGGGCAGGACAAUUUUGACGAGAUCUACAACAAUAUCUUGAAGGAUACAUUGGUGCGACUAGAAAAUCACCCUUGUUCCAUCAAGUUGGUCACGCCGAAAACGUCAACCAAUAAUCGGGAACUGCCCGCCAUCCCCGAUAGCUUGCCCGGAGCACCAAGAGACGUCCGGCCCCAUACCCUCCACCCGAGUGAUCCCUUACUGAACAUCGUGCUUGAUCGCCUCGAGAACUUUUUUCUCAACCCCGUCGAUAUGAAUCUCUCGCUGACCGAAGCGGUUUUUGAUCUCGCUGCCUGCGGAUUCAUGCACCUGGAAGGAUGGUUUCUAAGAAACCCCCAGAACUAUGUCUAUGAAGAGGAGGACGGCCCCCCUUUACCCGAGCCGCCAUUAGACCCAGAGUCGCAGGAGUACACCGAGUACAAGCAAAUGCAAUCCAUGCUGGAGUCUCGCCGCCGCCCGAGGUGGAUCCAGUCGAGCCUACCUCGUCUCCUCAGCAUUCUCCAGACCCUCACUGGGCAAGUAGAAGCCUACCGAGAAACCAUCCCCCGCUUCGACGACCUGCUCCAACAGCGCCGCGAGGCCUUUCAAAUAGCAGAUUGCGCCGACCCCCCUCCCAAACGCCCCCCGACUAGAACCCCCACUCCGCAGACUUCCGGCACGAGCAGCACUCCUUACCUGGAACGGCCUCUCUUCGACGAGGGGCGUAACGCGUCCCGCGAGAGGCCGUCUGGACUGGAAGGCUUUGCGCAGCGCAUCCUCUCCGAGCUUGGCACGCCCUCCCGGUCAGGGAGUCCGCGAGGCCGCAAGGAGGUAAAGCGGGGCCAAGCCUCCGAGCAAUCCUCUAGCCCGGUCCCUGACACGCCGUUACGUGGUGGUGGUGGUGGUGGGCCAGGACCGAACAACCCCGGGCUAGGCGGCGCGAGAUCCUAUCCUCCCGGCGCACCCCAGCAGCAGCAGCAGCCUCCGUGGGAAACCCACACCCACACCGUUGUCAAGGAAGACGCCUUCACCAGCCAGGCCAGGGCCUUUCAGGCCAUCGACCAGAGCAUCCUCGCGCGGCGGGUGGGGAUUCCCAAGAUCACCAAGCCCAAGGUCUCGGAGGAGGAGGUCGUCAAGCCCAUCCCGCUGAGCUUUGAUCGGCAGCGGACUGCCACGGGCGAACCCGAUGCUGAGCAGGAGGAGGAGGAGGCUAAGGCGGAGGAAGGCGGUGGGGAGGAUGCGUUGCUCGCUCCGUCUGAGGAUGGGCAGGGCGAAGAUGGGGAUGCGGAUGCGGAUGAUGGGGAAGGGAAGGGAGAUGGGCGGGGGCACACGGCGUCCGUGUCGCAUGUGCUGACCAAUGUGAUUAUCCUGCAAAGCUUUUUGUUUGAGCUGGCGAGUCUGGUGCAGGUUAGGGCUGGGUUGUUUGAUGAGGUGCGGUUUACAUAG